AUGUGCGGAAUACUUCUCUCAGAAGAAGAAAACACUGCAUACGAGAGGGUGGCCUCUCUUAUAAGAAACAGAGGAGGAGACUAUUACAACAAGGUCUAUAUCGAUGGUAUGGUGGCAAUCGCCUCGGUUCUUUCGAUAAGGGAUUCUGUUUGCCAGCCUGUGGAAGGAAACGGGUAUCUGUUUCUUUACAACGGUGAAAUCUAUAACAAUGAAAGAAGCGACACACUGUCUAUCAAAAAUAUAAUAGAUAAGGUCUUGUGCGAGAGUGGGAAAGCAGUUUUGGAUGGUAGAUGUAUAGUAGAUAAGAUUUAUGCAGAAAUCAACAGACAUGAAAACGAAAUGGCAAUGAUAUUGAUGAUUGGAAGCCAUGUGUACUUCUUUAAGGACGACAUAGGGAGAAGGAGCUUGGGAUACACACUGGAUCCGUUCUGUGUCUCAUCCGUGGAGUAUGAUGAGGAGAUCAACCCCAUGGCUAUAUACUCCUACGACAGGUCUACAAGAAAGCUGAGCGAAUGGCUAAAAGACAGCCAAAUUGUUAAAAGGUACAUGACAAUGGGAGAUGCAAUAUUAAAGCGUCUCAGCAACGAGAAGUACUCGAAGAAGUAUCGAUACUUAGCAAAGCAUCUGUCCUUGCAGAAUGUAGGAAAUCAUGAGGCAAAGCUUGAGGAUGUCGAUAGUGCAGUUGAAGAGUUUAACAAGAUCUUCAGAAGGUCUAUAGAAAGAAGAAUUAGUGGUGGAAACAUCUGUGUAUUCUUUAGUGGGGGAGUGGACUCGAUGCUUGUGGCUGUUUUCCUCCACUAUGCAGCAGAUCUUCGCCAGAAGAUUUAUUUGAUAAACACAUCGUUUGGGAAAUCAUGGGACAGAGAGGCUGGGAAGAAAGGGUUUGAAAGCCUUUGCACAAUGUUCAAGGAAAGGUCUUUUGUCUUUGUUGCCAACAACAUCGGAGUAGAGGAGGUUAGGGCUGCAAAAGAACAUAUCUACAGACUGAUCCAUCCAAAAGACGGACGCAUGGAUUUCAACAUAGGAGCAACAUUGUUUUUCUCAGCAAAAGAGUCGAGAAAGUACAGUAGGAUUGCAUAUUUGGGAUCAGGGGCAGAUGAAAUGUUUGGAGGAUACCACAGGUACAGGGGAGAAGGCUUUAGAGAGGAGAUGCUCUUUGAUCUUUUCACAAUCUCGCACCACAACCUCUGUAGAGAUGACAGGGCUGUUUCUGACUGCCAGGUUGAGUGUAGGUUCCCAUUUCUGGACUCGGAGUUGGUGGGAUAUUCCCUGAAGAUAGGGAAUAAUGUAGUUGCAAUGGAUGGAGAAAAGAAGUUUAUCUUGAGAGAGACCUUGAGAAGAAACGGACUUGAAUGUGUGUCUGGAGUUCCGAAGAAGGCAAUGCAAUAUGGGAGUGGAAUCUUCAAGAUGGAAGGGAAGAUAUAG